AAACAAGACAUUAGAAGUAAGGAAGGACUAAGUUCUAGUGCAACCGCACAUUCUAUACUCUGGGUAGAAUAAAAGCCAGAGAAAUACCUUAAGAUGUGAGACGUCAACCAGAGAUCGAAAUCCAAGCAAUUUUAUACUGCUGUGAUCAAACUGAAAGGUGAAUUUUGUCCAUUUCAUUUCCUUCAAAGAAAUUAAAUUCCGCUGCAAUACACUUAUGUCAACGGAUUUUUCAGUUUUCUGAAGUUACACGAAGGUAAAUCAGGUGAAUGCGGUGGUUGCGGCACGAUAUUAGUUGAAAAUGUGGCGAAAUGAUCACGAAUAACCAAUGCAGUAUGAGAUGGUGCGUUAUCGCACUUCUUUGUUCAGUAAAUUCAGACAUAGGAAAAAGUCGAAGAAUUCACUUUUAGAUCCUUACAAACCGACGCGUAUCUCAAAUACUAAUGAAUAUUUUGACGAGAAAUUUUCUUAAAAAAAAUUUUCAAUUUUCAAUUUGAUCACAGUAGUAUAUGCAUAUACUAUAUUAGUCAUACACUGAAUCUCAUUAUAUGUAGUAUCAUCACGAAGGUACAAUUUGAUGUCUCUGUCGUAUUUAGUUAUUGAUUUAUUGCGCUUUUAGUUAGUUAAUGGCGAUUUGUGGGCGUGGCGGCGAUCAGAUUGCACCCAUUCUCGACCUCGUAAUUUUUUGUACUAAGAAACCCGCAUACCAAGUUUCAUCAAAAUAUCUCAAUUUUUACUUAAGUUACAGCUUGCAUGGACGGACAGACAGACAGUCACCCGGAUUUUAACUUUUCUUGUCCCUUAAGUGAACAAAAGUAUUAUAUUAUAUUCUGUAGCAACAGGUUUUCCUUGGGCUUCAUAAAGUACCUCACAUCACAUCAAAAUAACCAAUCAUAAGGACUAAAAUCAGCCGGAUGUUCGAAAAUCUUGAUUUUAGUUAAAUGGGAGCUAAAUCAAAUUUUCGCCCAAUUUCAUCUAAUUUAGGCGCAAAGAUACACUGUUCUGCAGUAAAACACACUCUUUCAAUUUCGUUGGGGUAACAUAUGUACAUAUUGGCCGAUAUAUGCGGUAUAAAGUCACCCGGAAUUUUUAAAAUGUUUAUAUUAGGCAUAUGGCUUGGGGAAGAAUUGCCCGAAUCACUUUUACAUUCCUAUAAAAAAAUCAAAACACACAUAUUUUAAACUGCGAGUGCACUAAAAAAAUAAUCAUCAACGAGUAAUAUGAGGUCGACUCAUAUCGUUCCGCAACCACUGCAUUUGCAAAGUUAAAAGACCAAAGCGGGGACGCCAUUCUGACACGAUUGAGGAGAUGAAUAACGAAUAUAAGGAGGUCUUGAAAGCUGCACUGAAAAAAAAAUAUUCCGGCUGUUUAGAGGACUGAAAAACGCAUACUAUGAUGUUAAAAAUAUAUGAAUGCACAUAUACAGACUUAUAUAUGAAGUGUGCUAAAUGUAGUGAUAUAGCAUAUAUUCGUUAAAAUUUUUGAACUUCAAAUACUCUGGGGAACUAUCUCCAUCACCAGAUUAAAAUGAUAUACCAAGAGUUUUUUCUGCCAAUUAUAAUUCUGCAUUCGCUUUCAUGGAAUCUAGCCGUGGUCGACGGAGCUAAGAUUCUUGGUUUAUUUGCACACCCCAGUGAAAGCCAUUUCGCAGUAAUGCGAAGUUUAAUGUUGGAAUUAACAAAGCGUGAACACAAUGUUACUGUUUAUAGCAGUCACCGCCUGAAUGAACGUAUAGAAAGUCUACGAGAAAUAAUUGUUGAGCCGGAAUUUCCUUUUUGGAAGCAAUUUUUAGAAAUAACAGGGAGCCAAGCAGGAGGCCUUCUUAAAGCUAGCAAACUAACCGAAACUGCAGUGCAAAAGUCUCUGGCCACUACGGGUGCCAACGCGGUUAAUUACUUCUUGUCAAAUGAAGCCGUAAAGAAGUUGGUUAAUUUACCUAUCAACGAAUUUGACUAUGAUUUGAUAAUAGUGGAUUUAUUCUAUACUGAGGCUUUGCUGGCAGUGGGACAUUUUUUCGACAAGCCUACAAUUGGUAUUUUAAACACCAAUUUUGAGAGUUACAUGGAUCGUGUGUUAGAGCAAAUGGUACCGGCCGCCUGUUCACCUAUCAGUUAUGAGACUUACAAACCAGAGGUGGGUUAUUGGAGUCGAUUAGGGGUCAUUCGUAAUUGUAUGUCACGACGAAAACAAUUUAUUAAAGACAAUUGGGCCGCACAAGAAUCAGUGAUGCGAAAACAUUUUGCACAAUUUAAAGGCGUGAACGAACUUACCAUCGGUACGUUGCAAGCUGAGUUGGCAAUCUUGUUGCUCAACAGUCACGUCCCAUUGUUACGGCCCCGACCGUUGCUAUUAAAUACCGUAGCUGCCGGCGGUAUGCACAUACGACCACCACGUGAAUUACCUUGGCCACUUCGUCGCUUCCUGGAUGAAUCGCGAGCAGGCGUCAUCUACAUGAACCUUGGUAAUGAACAACUCUGUACAGACGUACCAAAACACAUAAUGCAAGUACUCCUAAAUACACUGGGCAAACGAAAAGAGCGUGUGGUGUGGACUUGUCACGAUCACACGGCGUUGAAAAAUUUACCUACCAAUAUAAUGGUCCAACAUGCGGUGCCACAAGCAGAUAUAUUGGCACAUCCGCAUGUGCAAAUAUUUCUUAUGAACGGUGAUUUACUUAGUACGCAGGAAGGUAUAGUGCGGCAUGUGCCUAUGAUUUCUGUGCCUAUAUUUCGAAAUGAAGUGCGCAACGCAGAAUUAGCAGUGCAACUCGGUGUUGGGAUUCAUCUGAACCAUAAUAACUUAACGGAGGCGGCACUCAAUUGGGCGCUGCAGACCAUCAAAGAGGACAGCACAUAUCAGUUGACAAUACGUCAAGUGGCCACUACCUUCCGUGAUCGGCCGUUAGGUGCUGUGGAAACGUGCAUGUACUGGAUGGACUAUGUAUUACGUCAUAAGGGUGGAGCAGAUUUAAAAACUCUUGUUGGAAACAUACCCUCCAGUCAAUUACAUCUUUUUGAUUUAUUUAUUUACUAUGUCGCGAUUGCAUUACUUAGUGUAGGUGUGCUAGCUGCUGUCAUUUAUGGUAUUGUAAUAUUAAUGAGAAAACGUGAAAUAGGAAAAAUGUACUCAAAACUAAGUUAAUACUUGUAUAUGGAAUUUGGUAAAAUGUAAACCAAAUAUGUUGUUUAA